GAAGAGAAGAGGGUCCUUUUCCCAGCCAUCUUGUGGCUUCAUCUAGCGAAGUGUUCGCACUAAGCCCCGUAGAAUCGGAGGAAAAACCUGGCGAAGGGGGCGCCAUCAUGCCCGGACAAAUGCAAGAAGGUUUUGGCUGUGCCAUAACCAAUAGGUUUGAUCAAUUAUUUGACGAUGAGUCGGAUCCAUUUGAGCUGUUAAAGCAGGCUGAAGUAAAGAAGAAGAAGGAGGCUUCUGCCCCUGGUGCCGCCAAGACUGCAGCCCAGGCUGCGAAGCCCCCGAAAAAGGAGUCCCAGAAAGACAGAAAGGCCCCACUGGCUGACAAGAAGGAAGAGAGCCAGGCGCCUGUCCCACUCAAGAAGGAAGGCACUGGUAUGAGAAGAGUAGGCCGCAAGCCAGAGGGUGAAGGCACUAGACCCCAGGCUGGCCAGGGAGAAGGGCGGCCCCCCACAGACAGACGGCCUGUGGACAGGCGGCCCCCUCGUCGCUUUGAGAGGCCUGCUGGUGAAGCUGGAGAGAAACCAGAGGGUGGAGAAUUCUCUGUAGAAAAACCGAUGACUGGUGACCGACCAAUGAGAGGACGUGGAGGCGGCAGAGGUGGCCGCGGUGGCAGAGGGCGAGGCAUCGGCCGCGGGGAUGGCUUUGAUUCCCGAGGAAAGCGUGAAUUCGACAGACACAGUGGCAGUGACCGAUCUAGUCUAAAGGGAGAGGACAAGCGUGGUGGAAGUGGAUCUCACAACUGGGGAACCGUGAAGGAUGAGCUUAAUGAACUUGACCAAUCUAACCUCACUGAGGAGAAUCCUGAAGGAGAGGAGCAUCCUGCUGCUGACUCUGAGAACAAAAGGGAGAAUGAGGCUGAGGAGGUCAAGGAUGAAGCUCCCAAGGAGAUGACUCUGGAUGAGUGGAAGGCCAUGCAGGGCAAGGAAAGAGCAAAGGUGGAGUUCAAUAUCCGAAAAGCAAACGAGGGAGCUGAUUGGAACAAAGGAUUUGUGCUGCACAAGUCCAAAGCUGAGGCCAAGAAAGAUGAAAUAAUUGACCCAGAGGUUGAUGAGCCAAAGGGAGAUGACGAGCACCACUUCCGUAAGCCCGCCAAUGACAUUACAUCUCAGCUGGAAAUUAACUUUGGAGAUUUGGGCCGUCCAGGCCGUGGACGUGGAGGACCACGCGGAGGUCGUGGACGCGGUCGCGGUGAGCCCACUAGGCCGGUUCGUACCGGAAGGACUGACAAGUCAUCAGUGUCUGUACCCAAUGUGGACGACCCAGAGGCUUUUCCAGCCCUGUCCUAAGGCCCAGCUGCUGUUCUCAGGCCAACAGGAGCCUCCUGAGCACCUCCACUACGAGGCCUGCAUGUUCCUGGAUCCUUCAGCAAAGUCAAAUGAUGGAGAAGACUGUCAUUUACUAUGGCACUCAAUGUGAGGACUGAGUUUUAACAAAUAAAACAAAACAAUGAUAAAAAAGAAAAAUUAAUAAAAAACAAAAAGGACUUCUUGCUAUUCUGGAGCAACUUAUUGGUAGAGGUUUUAUACUUGUAAACAAAGUAGCAGGGAUGUUUUCAUACAGUAUUUUUUUCAGAGGUUAUGCAUUGUCCAUUGAUGAAUUUUUGUAAUUGCCGCUUGAAAAUAUGCAUUUUGAAGUGUAAAGCAUCCUGUGGCUUGGUGUGUGCCAUUGCUUGCUCGCUUUAAUACAGCCUGCAGAGACCCAACCCAAGCUCCUUAGCUCUUACUAGGUAUUUUCUGAAGUCACAGCUUCAGUCAUUGAUGAGAUUUAAGGAUUUUGUUUUUUUCCUAAGCACUGGGGUAUUGUUUUAUAUUUUAUACAGGAGGUCUAUUCUUCUAUGAACUCUGGCCCGUAGAUCUUAACUAUUUUCAUAAAUUCUUCAAGAAACUAUCUCACAUGGUGCAUAGAAAUGAAAUUAUGUUAAGGCGAUAGCUGUCUGCAUUUAAAUUUACUGAUAAGGCUCAUAAAUCUGUGUAGGUUUCUUUUUUACUUGAGCAUUUUUAAGGAUAAAUAUUAGGUCAUCUUGGAGAAACACAUCAACGGUUGCUCUGUAUACACAUUUAUCCUCCGGCAACUGGGUUUAUUUGCAGCUGAUUUCUUUCGCGUGUUUAAGUGUUUUUUUGAGGUGCUCAUCACAAUCUGACGUCUCUCCAACAACUCAUCUCUGAUUUACGCACCAUGUGAGUCUGUCUGUACUUCGGAGUAACAGAGGAAGUGUCUUUUUGCAGUUAAGAUUGGCCUUCCUCACAUCCCCUCUGUUUACACACUCCACCCAUCUGUCCUACAGAUGUAACUUGGCCUCGUGUUUUUUUUUUCUUUCUUCAACAGACUCUUUAUUUUCACACCACUGCAUAAUUGCUCUGAAAGAAAUACAGUCGUGCAUUGUGUUGAACAACUGAAGUGCUUUAGAAAUGUGUGAAUUCUAGCCCUGCUAUUGGAGACCUCUGUCGGUAAAUAAAGAUGGUCGAUACAU